CUCCGCUUUUCUUCAGGAUGGCAUUCUUGAAAUAUCUUCGCUCUGUUAAGAAUGAGCUGAUCCUCUUUUCAACACCAUUUAUUCUUCUUCCACUGCCUUUGGUGAUCGGAACAUCGGAGGCAGAAUGUGCCUACGUGAUCAUCCUGAUGGCAGUUUACUGGUGCACAGAGGUCCUUCCUCUGGCUGUCACAGCUCUGCUCCCAGCCCUCCUGUUCCCAUUAUUUGGCAUCAUGCAAUCCAAAGAUGUGUGUAUGCAGUACCUGAAGGACACAAACCUGUUGUUUGUUGGGGGACUGAUGGUUGCAGUGGCUGUGGAGCACUGGAAUCUGCACAAGCGCAUCGCCUUGAGAGUGCUGCUCUUUGUUGGCGUGCGUCCAGCGCUUUUGAUGUUGGGUUUCAUGGGUGUCACAGCCUUCUUGUCCAUGUGGAUCAGCAACACAGCCACCACAGCCAUGAUGGUGCCUAUUGUCCAAGCAGUGCUGGAGCAGCUGAGUAAUAGUGAUGCAGAGGUACCUCAGAUUCUCAGCUCAGACGAGCAGGUCCAGAUAUCGGAAACUGAUACUAAACAGCCUCCUCAGUCAGAGAAACAGAACGAUGGACAAGGUCCUUUGGUGGUGACUUUCUUGGAUGCUUCAAUGGAGGCUGCCAGGCAUAGGGAGGCAGCAGAAAGGCGGAGGAUGUGUAAAGGGAUGACCCUGUGUGUUUGUUACGCUGCCAGCAUUGGAGGCACCGCCACACUCACAGGAACUGGUCCCAAUCUGGUGCUCAAGGGCCAGAUGAACCAACUCUUCCCUGAAAACGGAGAUGUGAUUAACUUUGCCUCCUGGUUCGGCUUCGCCUUCCCCAACAUGAUCCUCAUGCUCACGUUGGCCUGGCUUUGGCUGCAGUUUGUCUUCAUGGGAUUCAACUUUAAGAAGACAUGGGGAUGUGGGGCUGUGAAGACAGAGAAGGACAUUGCUGCCUACAAUGUGAUCAGAGAGCAGCAUCGUCUUCUGGGGUCCAUGUGCUUUGGAGAGAUCAGUGUCCUGGGUCUUUUCGUUCUGCUGGUGGUGAUGUGGUUCACCAGGGAUCCGGGCUUUGUUCAUGGCUGGGCCACGAAUAUCUUCAACUCCAAAGCAGAGUAUGUGACAGACGCCACGGUGGCAAUCUUUAUUGCCGUUCUCCUUUUUGUCCUGCCAGCAAAACCUCCACGUUUCUGUUCACGAAGGUCUCAUAGUUUUGACACAGUUCCCCGUCAGAUUUCUGGACCAACUCCACGUCUCCUUAACUGGAAAGUUGCCCAGAAGAAGUUACCCUGGGGCAUUGUGCUUCUUCUUGGAGGAGGUUUUGCUCUGGCAAAGGGCAGUGAAGAAUCCGGCCUCUCAAAGUGGAUGGGAGAUCAAAUGACCCCCCUGCAAAGCAUCCCUCCCUGGGCGAUAGCUAUCAUCUUGUGCCUGCUGAUUGCUACCUUCACAGAGUGCACCAGUAAUGUGGCAACAGCGACGCUCUUCCUACCUGUCUUAGCCUCAAUGUCUCAGUCUAUUGGGAUGAAUCCACUCUACGUCAUGGUGCCUUGUACUCUAAGUGCCUCUUUUGCCUUCAUGCUGCCUGUUGCUACACCACCAAAUGCUAUAGUCUUCUCCUAUGGAUACCUCAAGGUUGCUGACAUGGCAAGAACAGGAAUAGUCAUGAAUAUCAUUGGCAUCAUUUGUAUUACACUGGCCAUAAACACCUGGGGUAAGGCCAUGUUUGAUCUGGACUCCUUCCCUGCUUGGGCCAACGUCACUGGGGUAUGAGCCUGGUUCUGCCAUAGGAGAUGAUCCAAGCACAACCUGCCCUCCCUUUCAACAUGCACCAAACAAAGACCUCUGGUCUGAGCCACAGCACAGCACCACACGGUGGACUGCAUGCAUCUGAUCGCUGCUAGAUGACAAGCCCCUCAAUGCUUGUUUUCAUUGACACCUGUGAAUCGCUUGGAAAAGAGUGGCGAUAAUUAUGAUUGGGAAUGGAAGAAGAGCGGAUGGGGAAUGAGAUGAAAUGGGCUUUUUUUUAUUAAGCUUGUAUUUAUAUUCUUAAAUAGAAAGAGUUUUAAUUGUCUUAAAUCUGAGCAAAACCAUUCAUUUCCACUCUUUUAAGGUAAAGAAAAUCAAAGAAGGAGUAAAUCACAAGGUCAAAGUCAUUAGAGAUGUUCUACAUCUUCCAUCUUUCCAUCUUAAUAGAUAUGAGCAAUUAGGUUCACUAUACUUACUAAAAACUGCACUUAGGCUUGCGUUUUUAACUUUCUUGCAUUUUUUAGGUAAACGCAGUCCUUUUACUUUACGCUUAUCUGACAGUGGUAGUUACCAGUCACUUGUCAUAUUUAUUAAUAAGACUUAUCACCUAAUGAACCACCCAGCUUCUUAGAAUUUCAACCCUUUUCAAUCAGACAUGAUAGGAUAAUAUUCUAAGAAUUUCAGAAUGAGUGCUUUAAUAUAUAUGCUUUUUGUAAAUGCUCUUUCACUUCAGUGAAAUAUUAAAUGUAGAUAUUUAGCUGUUUUUUAGUUUUGUGUUUUCCUUUUUCCUUGGAUAUAGAACAAUGAACAAAGGCGAGUGUUUUUUAUUUGGUAUUUACAGAUAAUGAUAUGAUAUAUGUACAGUAGAGCAAUAAUCCGACUUCAAGGCAACAAACUUCUGCUCCAUUUGCAUCCAAAUUGAUCCUUGUAUUGACCCACAUCCGGGCUGAUAGUGAUGUGUUACAGCUCCAGCAUCAGCUGAACUUUGAAAUGUAUCAUUACUGCAAGCAAAAAACACGUGUGCCUUUUACAGAAUGUAUUUUGCUGUAGACACAUUUCCAUACUUUAGAUCAAUAUAUUUUAUGCUGACAUUGGGAAAUGUCUCACUGCAAUAAUGAUUUCUGACUGAGAUGCAAUAAAAUGUUGUUUUUU